AGGUUGAAUUGUUUUCCUUUUAGUGUUUAUCAUUUUCCUCUGUGAAUGUUUUGCUCUUUAAUUGUUCCUUAAAUUGUUCCAUUAUUUUGUUAUUAUAGAAUUUUAAUUAUUCCUAAUUAUGGCUACAUCAACACUAAAAAUUGUUCGACUUGCUCCAGCCUUAACUCGUAGUUAUAAUUUGGAAGCUUUGAAAAAGGUUUAUGAUCAAACGCGACCAGCAUUGAAAAUCGGGUCUCAUACUAAGGUUAUUUGCCAAGGUUUCACCGGUAAACAAGGUACUUUUCAUAGUAAACAAGCAAUCGAAUAUGGUACAAAGGUUGUUGGCGGUGUUUCUCCAGGAAAAGGUGGUAAAACUCACCUUGACCUUCCCGUUUUCAGCACCUUAACAGAGGCAAUGAAAGAGACUGGAUGUAAUGCCUCUGUCAUCUAUGUUCCAGCUCCUGGAGCUGCUAAGGCCAUUAUGGAGGCCAUUGAAGCUGAAAUUCCUCUAGUUGUUUGUAUUACCGAGGGAAUACCUCAAUUGGAUAUGGUACGAGUUAAACACGCUCUCAUCAGACAGAACAAGACUCGACUUAUUGGCCCUAACUGUCCUGGUAUAAUUAAACCAGGUGAAUGUAAAAUCGGUAUAAUGCCAGGUCAUAUUCACCAACGAGGUAAAAUUGGUAUUGUCUCUCGAUCGGGUACUUUAACCUACGAAGCAGUUCACCAGACAACCCAAGUUGGUUUAGGUCAAUCUCUUUGUAUUGGUAUUGGUGGUGAUCCUUUCAAUGGAACUGAUUUUAUUGAUUGUCUGGAGGUUUUCCUCAAUGAUCCUGAAACAAAAGGUAUCAUUUUAAUCGGUGAGAUUGGUGGACAAGCGGAAGAACAGGCAGCCGAGUAUUUGAAAGAGCACAAUUCGGGCUCUAAUUCCAAGCCUGUUGUCUCCUUUAUCGCUGGUCUAACCGCUCCACCAGGUCGUCGUAUGGGCCACGCUGGAGCCAUUAUCUCAGGCGGUAAGGGUGGAGCUCAGGCUAAAAUUGAAGCCCUUCAAUCAGCUGGUGUUGCGGUUACCCGAUCACCGGCUAAAAUGGGAGCAUUUAUGCUUGAAGAGAUGAAAAAGCGAGGCUUAGCAUAGAGUGGAUUAUAUUAAUAUAAACACACAUUAUUAACUUUUCCAACAGAAAAGCUAAUUUUAUCAACCAAAUAUAUUAUCAAUUCUAAUUAAUUACACAGCAAAUUAUAUGUGAGUUAUAUAUUGUUGCGAGAAUGGUUUAAUUUUUGUUUCUCUUCCUCCUUUUCUCAAUCUCUCAUUUGAAUAAUGUUUUUUCCUUUAAAAUGAAUUUGAAAGAUGGAAAGAAAAAUAUUUAAAAGAAUAUAUUUCAAUAUUCAA